AUAAAGAUUUAGAACCUGCAUAAAGAUUUAGAACCUGCAUCCAGCAUCGUGGUAGGGAGCUGUGCGGAGAUGUCCCUGCUCAGCUUUAAGCUAGGAGUCUUGAGGAGAGGGUCUAGUACUGUGGCUGAAAGCUUUAGCAUACUCCAAGGUGCUGCUGUGAACCAGGUGGCUGUGUUGAAAACUGGUGUUUCAAGGAAGCUUUUCUGUGUGGAUUGGAAAAGAGCCUGUCUGGGUGAUACUGAUUUCUUUCAUUUGUUUUAGUAAUAGUUAGGGAAUAAAGUGCAUUAAAUAGGGUGCCGGGAUGGAAGCGCACACAGCAAGGUGAAAAGAGGGAUUCACCCACUCACUGGACAUUCAUGGGUGAUGAGGAAUAUUGUAGCCUUUUAUCUUUACCCAAGAUAAUACAGGGAUGGGUGGUUUCCUUCGAAUUCUUGUAGACAUAAUUAUAUUUAUUUCUGCAAAUUUAGUAUGACACACUUCUCUUCCUUAAACUUUAGUUCGUUUUAUGAGUAGGUGAGAUACUGCAACAAAAUUGUGGAACUUCUUUUUACAGUUACCUACUGGUGUCUUUAAGGAGAGUGCCACAGCAAUAUAAUAAUAGGCAUGCAAGAACAUCUAAGCACUGAUGAAAGUUGUCCAAAAAAAAAUUGCUUCUGUAGUUCUGUAUUGGUGUUUUUUCUUUGCUCCUCCUUCAGUGUUAUCCUUUUAUUCUAACGUCUUUGAAACCUGUGAGAGGUAGUGAAGAGGUUCUUUGUUAGGUGAAUCCUCAAGUCAAACACUCUUUAAAUUGCUUAUAUUGCUUAAAUUUGCUGGAAGGCCAGGUUGUGAUUAUGAGACCUGGGGUGCUAAAGGUACUGCGAAUGCUAAGGAGAGUUUACAGACAGCGGCAGGUUGAACUGGGAUGGUGAAUCCUCCAAUGGACCCAGGAGCUGCCCAGCCUUGAAUGAUCUUGGGUGAUGCUGAUGAAGGUAACUCCUGUCUGAGGCAAUACACAAUUUAUCCAGUGAUGGGCCUGGGAUUUCAAGCAGGUCAGUUUACCCAUUUUAUUCGCUACAACACCUUUGUCUUAGGGAAUUGCUUUUUGGAUGUAUUGACAUUAAUGAAUUUGCCUUCAUGCAUUUGUAUACACAGGGAAGCAUACCAUCCUGAGCUACAUCUUAUCUGAAUUUAUUUUUGCCUUGUGUAUUCUCAAGGCUCCUCAUAGCUGCUCCACAUAACUGGUACACAGGUGCUGCUCCAGUUACAAACUGCUGUAGUUCAGAGUCUAAUCAUCCCUUUCUAGGCAUGGAAACUGCUGUCUUGACCACUUCUCCCCAUCCCCUCCCCCAACCCUGCCAGGAAAAUACAUUAAUUAAAGACCUUCUCUUUUUUGUAUUGUUUUAGGAAACAUUAGUAUACAUUAUUUAUAUAAAAGAGAGAGAAGGAAACCCAACGUAUUUUUCUUUAUCUCUUGCCUAAUGCCAAUGUGUUUCUAGUUGUUUAUCUAGUGUGUUUUUAUUCCAUCUGGUUCUCUAGCACUUGAAAUAUCCUUACUAAAAACUUAAUUUGCCUUGAUGGAAGGUGUUCGCUUACAUUACCUGGAACAGCUGUGGCUCGCAACUGAGGGAAGCUCUGAAUGGAGCAGAGGGGUACAAUUCACAGGAUGAACAUUUAAACAACAAAUAAUCUUCAGUCUUGCUUCAAAAUGUCCCUGUGUGCAUCUUCUCACAAGGAUUUUUCUCAGUUGCUGCCACUUCAAGAUAUUGGAUGCAAUAAAACAGAAAUUAAAAGCUCACCUGCUGGUAUUGGCUCUCCGGUUCCCUACAGCUGUAAUCAGUCUGUGCUGACAGUAGAACACAGUCCAGUUUAUAUCCCUUCGUCUUACAUGGAAAACAGACAUGAAUAUUCUGCAAUGGCAUUCUGCAGUCCUGCUAUGAUGAAUUACAACGUUACCAGCAAUUUUGGUGAUUCAGAGAGUGCAUCUGUGAGGCAAACAUCAAGCCCUAAUGUGUUGUGGUCUGCUCCUGGCCAUCUCUCCCCACUGGCACUGCACUGUCAGUCAUCGCUUCUGUACGCAGAGCAACCAAAGAGCCCAUGGCGUGAAGCAAGACCAGUGGAAGCAGUGCUACCUGUGAAUAGAGAGACGUUAAAAAGAAAAACUAAUGGCAAUGAUUGCACAAGCCCCAUUGCAAAUAAUCCUGCCUCAAAAAGGGAUGCCCACUUCUGUGCAGUCUGCAGUGACUAUGCUUCAGGAUAUCAUUAUGGGGUCUGGUCAUGUGAAGGCUGCAAAGCAUUCUUUAAAAGAAGUAUUCAAGGACAUAACGAUUACAUCUGCCCAGCUACCAAUCAAUGCACAAUAGAUAAAAACAGGCGCAAAAGCUGCCAGGCAUGCCGGCUACGGAAGUGCUAUGAAGUGGGAAUGAUGAAAUGCGGCUCAAGAAGAGAACGUUGUGGGUAUCGGAUCCUGCGCCGCCAUCGUAAUUCAGAAGAUCAAGUGCACUGCGUUGGCAAAGCUAAGAAAUACAGCGAGACGGCAACCCGCGUAAAAGAGAUCCUCCUUAGCACGGUCAGUCCAGAGCAGUUUGUUUUAACUCUACUUGAAGCUGAGCCUCCCAACGUGUUGGUGAGUCGUCCCAGCAAACCGUUCACAGAGGCCUCCAUGAUGAUGUCCCUGACAAAACUGGCAGAUAAAGAGCUGGUUCAUAUGAUUGGUUGGGCCAAAAAAAUUCCUGGCUUCAUUGAUCUCAGCCUCUAUGACCAAGUAAGGCUCUUAGAGAGCUGCUGGAUGGAAGUUUUAAUGGUUGGUCUGAUGUGGAGGUCAAUUGAUCACCCUGGAAAGCUAAUUUUUGCACCAGACCUUGUUCUAGACAGGGACGAGGGGAAGUGCGUAGAGGGAAUUUUGGAAAUCUUUGAUAUGCUCCUGGCCAUGACCUCGCGGUUCCGAGAGCUGAAAUUGCAGCACAAGGAGUAUCUGUGUGUCAAGGCAAUGAUCCUCCUCAAUUCCAGUAUGUUUCCACUGUCAGCAGAAGAACCUGAAAGCAACAGGAAGCUGCACCACCUGCUUAAUGUAGUGACAGAUGCUUUAGUGUGGGUAAUCGCGAAGAGUGGGAUCCCCUCGCAGCAGCAGACGACUCGUCUGGCCAAUUUGUUGAUGCUACUCUCCCACGUCAGACACGCAAGUAACAAGGGAAUGGAGCAUCUCCUGAGCAUGAAGUGUAAAAAUGUGGUCCCAGUCUAUGACUUACUGCUGGAGAUGUUGAAUGCCCACACUCUCCGAGGGCAAAGGAAGUCCCCAGUCACAAAUCCCGAAUUUGGCCCAUUAGAACAAAUGGAGACUGGAGACGGCCUGUGAAACGGGGCAGUCCAGUAAUUCCGUCGAGACCUGGAGUUAAAAAUGUGAAGCUUAUUCAAAGUUAUGGGAGAAAACAAAGCUACUGUGGUGGGACUGUUGACGAUCAGGUGACCUAGUGUAAGUCCUCAUCUCUUUUAGAUUUGCACGUGGGUUUCUUGGGAAAGGCUUGUGAGACGCACAACUCUGGCCACGUUUCUGACAUUAUAAAAGCUGCACUUUUAUAGUGCCUUUUCUGAGACUCUCAAAAAGCACCUUAUGAAAUUAAGCCUCAGAACACUACUGUGAGAGAGGGAAUUACUGCCUCUCCUUUUUAAAGGUGGGGGAAAUGAGAUGAAGAGAUAAAGUGACAGAAGUCGUCUGUGUCAGGGCUAGGAGUCAGGACCUAGGUCCCUUUCUCCCAGACCAAAGCUUUUAAGCACUGCCUAGACUAUAUCCUCUUUUAGUAUGAGGUUGUAUGAAAUGUACGGCUGCAUCGCUUGGGAGAGAUUUGCUUACCUGUGUGUGCUGGUCACUGGGGAGUAUCUGCUUUGCAGUUGGUCUGGAUAAAGUGCCGAGAUACAUAUACUGUGUAAAGGAGUUUCCUCUCUUCAUAAAUAUGCAAUGCCUGCAAGGGGGACACUUCAUUUGAAGGCCUUUCAGAGUAGCUUCUAGGACCAAUUUUGAGUCUCUUCAGAAAUGUAAAACCAAGCUUAAAUUUAUAUUUUGUGAGUCUGUUCUGAACACUCGUGUUGUUAGCUGUGUAUAAUUCUUCAGUGCUUUAAAUGACGACCAAGCUGCCUAGGUAUUUUGGUCAAUGCUAACCUUUGGAAUGUGUUUGUCUGUGAGAUUGUUGUUUUAUAUAUUUAUUGAUGAUGUUAAAACUAUUAUAGUGUUUAGGUACAACAGGUUGCUAUGUGAACGUUAACUGUUGGCGUUUGUGUAUGAUCUGCUAAUCAGGGCUUGUGAAAUGAGCUAGAAAACAAGCCAUCCUCGCUCCCCUUUGGGCUAGCGUGUGGAGUUGUUGUGCCCCUCCGAGACCUCUCGCAGCCGUCUUGCAUGGGACGCCGAAGGGGACCGGGAGCUAAGCUGUGACCUGCUUUUGCCUGCUUCCUGCAGGUUUGCUGCUUGCUCGUUUUCAAAGCGCAUCACACCCUUUGCUGUGCUUUUCAUAUCUUGGAUACAAUCCCCCAAAGACGUGAGGGGGAUGACAGUUCCGGGACUUCUUUGCUUCUCAAGUGUGAUGACUUGUUUGAAUUUCACUUACGUUGUAAGUCUAAACCCUCCUGCUGUGCUGAUUUCUGUAUGUGUUUAAGAUGCGCUGAGCCAAAAAAGGAGAAGUAGCCUGGCCUAAUAACCUCAGUGAAAAGCAGGAUGGCAUCUUUUGUCCUGACAGCUGUCAAUAUUGCAUUUUGCUGGGAGCAAGAAUUGCAAUCACUGUAAAUGGAUAUUUCUAAAUAUGAUUAUCGUGCAUGUUCUAGGCCUUUCAUAUAUGGUGAAAUUAAAUUGGGAUCACACCUAAAGUCUAUUUUGAGCCAAAAAAGUCUUUUGGAUUAGGGACUUUGAUGAGUAUGCCAUUUGCAUACUUUGAAUAUUAAUCAGACCUUUGAUGUUGGUGUUUUUUGAAGCCAAGGACAAUGUUUUUUAUAGGAGGGUCAUAAAGAGUUUUCAGCGAGUUAUACAGCUCUAUAGUCCUGUUUUGAUCUUGUAAUAUACCAGAUGCUGAUGAUGGUCUAAAUUUUUACUAGCUACCUUUUUAUUGUUUUUAAUAAAAUGUAAUAUAGCAGCGCCCUUCUGAAUGAAUGUAAUAUUUACUACUACAAAUUGAAAGAAAAAAAUGUAAGUACUGUCUUGAAUUCAUCGUUACGUGCUCAUUUUGAGUGAAGCUCUGCUGCGAAGUGGAUGCGUUUCAGUGUUUCUUGGGCUUGAUCACCUUUUGGCCUGAACGCCUGUUGUAUUGUUCUUUCUCUGAUUCUUCUUAUCUUGUAUAAUCUUUUUUUUAAUACAGUUUUUCAAAGAAA